AUGAUGUGGUUGACGGAUGUUUCGCGUGUCGGGACGCCUAUUGCCUUGAGAGUUGUGGAACGGUCUACAAGCUUGGCCUACGGGAUCGAAAAUGAAGUUGAAAUGACGGAGAAAGUCAAUGCCAAUGAUCGACUGUGGAAGCGAUGGUACCAGCAAACGUCCGAAGAUAUGCUUUGUGACCUGGAACGUCUCUGUCAACUAUGGGAUCGCGAAUGGGAGCGGGAGCUGGAACGCGAUCGCUCGCGGGAAAUUUUAAGUGCAGCUACUUGA